GGCGCAGGCCGCAAGUCGACUGACCCCGCCGGGCCCAACCUAACCAAACUCGAGACGGGGACGCCACGCCUCCCUCCCACGCGGUCGCGACCCAUGGAGGAGGAGAUCGCCGCCGACGACCUCUUCCUCGACGCCGCCGCCGACCACCACCCCGCCGGCUUCUCCUCUUCCUCCUCCUCCUACUUCGCCUCCUUCUCCGAGGUGGUCGAGGAGGAGGACGAGGAGCGCCACCCCCACCCCCACCACCGCCUCCUCCUCGACGACGACGCGGCGGGGUUCGACCACGACGAAACCCUAGCCGCCCCCGCGCCCGCCCCGGGCUCCCCGUUCUCCUUCGCCUCCGACCCCGACCCCGACCCCGACAUCGACCUCGAGCUCCGCCUCUCCUCCCGCUCCCCUCCCUUCUGGGACUGCCUCGAGGACGACCUCGCCGACGAGGAGAUGGUCGGGGGCGGAUUCGAGUGGGAGGAGAUCGCCGACGCCGCUGUCCCUGCCCCCGGAGCCGUCGCUGCUGGUGGUGGUGGUGGUGGUGGAGGAGGAGAUGGGGGCCUUGUUGGGGACGGCGACGUGUUCGGGUUCCUCGACGAGAGGGAGAUCCUCGGCGCGAUGGAGGGGCUCGACAGCGGCGACGACGAAUCGGGGUUCUCCGACGAGCCGUUCGACUUCGGCGACGAGGGGGACGACAUAGGGGACAUCUUCCGGAGCGUGGGGUGGGAGGUGCUCCCGGUGCCGCUGGACGAGGACGACUUCGAGGUGCUGCCGGGGCACGUCGCGGACGCCGCGGCGGGAGGGGCGCCCCCCGCGGCGCGCGCGGCGGUGGAGCGGCUCCAGGUGGUGGCGGUCGGCGGCGGCGGGGAGGAGGCGGCGGCGGCGUCGCGGGGUUGCGCUGUGUGCAAGGACGGGAUCGCGCAGGGGGAGCUCGCCACGCAGCUGCCGUGCGCGCACUUGUACCACGGGGCGUGCAUCGAACCGUGGCUCGCCAUCCGGAACUCGUGUCCGGUGUGCCGUUACGAGCUGCCCACCGAUGACCCCGAGUACGAGAAGCGGCGGGUGAAGCGGCGUUCUUCUGGUGACUCCGUGGCGCAAUUGGGUACUCCUAUGCAAAUUUGAGCUAGGAUUGCUUGGUGAUAUGUGUUGGUUGCAAUUCCGUGGAAUUGAGAAACUUCACUCUCUAACUGCUCAUUGGGAUGCUUCGAGAGUGUCAUACCUCUUUGAUCUCAAAACUUUUUAGUGCGUAGCUGUCAUGAUUGGUAAUUGAACGGUAAGAACAAUUGCUAGAAUUUAGAACUGCUGUAAAUACGUUGUGCUGCUCCAAUAAUACAGAAAAUUGUUUCAAUGUUUCCCCAGAA